UAUUUAUUUAUUCAUGUAUUUAUUUAUGUAUUUAUUUAAUUAGUAAACAGAAUAACUGGAUUCAGCAUUAUCUACAGUCAUGAGUAUUGGUUGGUUUGGUGUGAGUUAGCUGUAUAUUCACUGGAUAUUGGUUUCUUGGCUGUGCUUCAGGAGUUUGCAGGCUGCUAUAAAUCUUGCAGCUAUAUUUGCACAUUCUGAUUUUUAACCAAGAAUGAAGUUGAGUUUUUCAGUUGGGGUGCAGUUAUUAAAUUGGGGAAAUAUUUUGUUUGGGAUAGUCGUUGUAUCUGAUGGUUUGGUAUUUGGGGCAUUCUGUGAGGAAGUGCAGCUCUGUUUCGAUCUCUCCCAGAAUGCAGUGGGAGCAGAGUCUCUCCUUGCGGGAUCUGCCAGGUUUGUCUGCGCCGGCCCGUCUCUACGACCAGACUAUGCUCGCAUCGUCUAUACAUCGUCAAUGUUUUACUGAAUUUGACAUCAGUCACUGUGCUCAGGUAGUUUGCCAAUGCAGAGCACGAAUUCUGAGUAUGGGUCACCAUACUUGGCUGUAUGUCACUUCACUUUCAUGUUUUUGUGUUUGCUGUUUUUUAGCACAGUAAUUGAAACCCCACAUUAUAAAAAGAGGAAGUUUGUCGUUCAUGAAGAAAACCUCAUUGAGCUCUUCAGAAAGUGUCCUGUCUCCACAAGGAGCUGUGUUGUACAUGCUAGGACUGUGGGAACGCUUCUGUGCGUGGACCAGGUUUGCACACACUGUGAACAUCAGAAGACUUGGACAAGUCAGCCAUAUGUCACAAACAUACCUGCAGGAAAUAUCCAGCUGUCUGCAGCUGUCAUUUUUAGUGGAGCCUCCUUCUUGCAAGUGGAAAAGGGAAGGCACUUUUUCUUUACAUACCCAUGAAACCUCUGUGCCAGUUGUAAUAUGACUAACAUUCCUCUUUCUUUGUGUCUAGUUCUUCUAGGCAUAUAAUAUCACAGGAAUUAGUCACACAACCUUCCUGAAACACCAACGGAAUUUACUUUUCCCCACAAUAAACUGGCUGUGGACUGUACACCAAGGUACAGUUAUUUCAGAGACCAUCAACAGUGGAGACAUAGUUUUGGGCGGUGACAAGCGAGCAGACUCUCCAGCUAUGUGGCACUGUGCCAAAUAUGGGACCUACACAGUGAUGGACCUAAGAACAAACCGGAUAAUUGACAUUCAGAGCAAUGAGGUCGGUAACAGCCAACGCAUGGAAAAGGAGGGGUUGCAGCUUGAGCAGAGAGGGCUCCGUGUUCAGAAGAUUGUCACGGAUAGGCUUCCUGCUGUCAUGAAGUUCCUCAGGGACAGCAGACCGGGUGUUGUGCGCAAGUUCGAUGUAUGGCACAUAACAAAUGGUGUUGCUAAAAAAAUGGACUCUCUUGCAAAGCUGAAGAGUUGCAGAGAAGUUGGUGCUUGGAAAAAGAGCAUUGUAAACCACCUUUACUGGUGUAGUGAAAGUUCAUCUACAGGCAGUGAAAUUGUAGCCAAAUGGAAAUCAGUUGCCAACAACAUGCAGAACAUACAUGAGCAUGACAGGGAAUUUCCAAAAUGCCUCCAACAACCGCUUGUGGGAGAUCAAGCAAGAAAGUGGCUCAAACCAACUGCAUGUGAGCAGCUCAGUGGUGUAAUCCUGGCUCCAAAACUGCUUAGGGAUCUUGAGAAUCUAAGUGGUGAUUACCAGUCUUCAUCAAGUUUCGUCAUCCGGUUUGUGCCAAAGAGUGUGGAAUUCUCCUAUGUGGGAAUGUUCUCAUCUGCAAUUAUUGCCUUGGACAAAUUUCUUAUCACAACUGGCAGCCAUGCACUACAAUGAAAACAGUGCAAGAACACAAGCCACUACUGCUGCUGGACAGCUUAGAUGGCACAUACAGUAUCCUCGCUACAAAAGGGUGAAUGCACAAUGAGCCCGCUAAAGAGAAGUCCUACAUAUGGUUAUUUCUUUGAGGUUCGACUAUGAGGCAAUUUUGUCAUUUUUAACACUAUUUUCAUUGUAUGCUGCAGGGUAUGUAGAUGGGCUGAUGGAGUUGCUUUUUGACUGUGUUGAGCAGCCCAUGCAGUUCCAGGACAGGCUCAAGCAACUGCAGGUUCCAGAACACCUGUGCAAACAGUUUACCAGACCUAAUAAGUUGGAUGCUGUGGCACUGCACACAUCACGCUUCAAGUCGAUUAACUGCACAGAAUAUAAGAGCCACAUAAUCUAUGCACUAUAAUUCUUCAUAUCCACUGUCAAGUAACUUAAAUUUUAAUAAGAGUAAUUGUGGAUCUGAUAUUUAUUUAUUUUUACAUUACCAUUGACGAAAGAGAAC